AUGAAUUUGGUGAAUAUCGCGAAACAUCUGCUUCAUUUAACACAAAUGCAAUUUCACUUGGAAAAUUCAACAACAACUGAAGAUGACAUUUUGGCUUCUCAACAGUUAUUUGAAAUUUCAAAGACAUUCAAGGAUGGUCACUUUAAUGAACUACAUAUUUACCAAACUCUCGAUUUUUCUGAUGAAUAUGAUGAAAUGAUGGACGGAGAAGACAGCAGUGAUGAAGAAGAAUCAACUGAUGAAGAACAGAAUGUUGACGAUUAUGAUGAAAGUGAAUAUUUGGAUAUUCAGAAUAAUUUUACAUUGGAAGAGAUGAAAGAUAUAGUAGAAUGGGUUGAUCAACAUCCAAAUUAUAAAAUUGCAAGUAUCAGAAAUAGAUUCCGCAAAGUCAAACAUACGUGUUAUAUCACAAGAUUCAGAGAAUAUAUUUAUAUUGAAAGGAACGACACAAAAUCAAAAAAGUUAAAAAAAGUCAAAGAAUUUAUGUGGAAUGAAUUCUGGGUGAAACGAAUAAUUGGACAAGAAGCAAUUCAUGAUAGUGAUCUAGAGCUUUUUGUAAUUCAAAAAGCAAGAGAAUUGGGUUGGGAUAAUUUCAAAGCAAGCGAAUCAUUUAUUACGAGAUUCAAGAGGGAACAUCGAAUUUCAUCAAGAAGGCACAACAAACUUGUUACGCGGAUAUCUUCACGAAGAAAAACUUGUAGUUUGAAAGGUUUGUAA